UCUAAUCAUAACGUAAUAUUUUAUUGAUUAAACAUGUAUAUUAAAUCGAUUGUAUUAGAAGGAUUUAAAUCCUAUGGCAAAAGAAUCGAAAUAAAUGGUUUUGACAAGGAAUUCAACGCUAUAACAGGAUUUAACGGUAGUGGAAAAUCAAACAUUUUGGAUGCUAUAUGCUUUGUUUUGGGCAUUACAAAUCUUGGCCAGGUACGUGCUACUUCUUUGCAAGAUUUAGUCUACAAAUCAGGUCAAGCAGGAAUAAAGAAAGCUAGUGUUACAAUAACUUUUGAUAAUCGUGACACUGAGAUAUCUCCUAUGGGUUAUGAACAACAUGAAGAAAUUGUGAUUACAAGACAAGUAGUGAUCGGUGGUAAAAAUAAAUACAUGAUCAAUGGGACAAAUGCACCAAAUAAACGAGUACAGGAUCUGUUCUGUUCUGUCCAAUUAAAUGUGAAUAAUCCACACUUUUUAAUUAUGCAAGGUAGAAUAACAAAAGUGUUGAAUAUGAAGCCAGUAGAAAUUCUGUCUAUGCUGGAAGAAGCAGCAGGAACAAAAAUGUAUGAAAAAAAGAAACAAUUGGCACUAAUCACAAUAGAAAAAAAGGAUAGUAAAUUAAAAGAAAUUAAUACAAUUUUGAGAGAAGAAAUAGGUCCAAAGUUAAACAAGUUAAAAGAAGAGAGAACAAGAUAUGUAGAAUUUCAGAGAAUAGAAAGAGAACUUGAACACUGCAAACGAAUUCAUCUUGCUUGGAAGUAUGUUACUACUUUUAAUAAUAGUCAAAAAAUGGAAGAAAACGUUAAGAUUGUACAAAACAAAAUAGAUUCAAAGUUAGAAGACAUGGCUGCUGGUGAGGAAGAAAUCAAGGACCUAGAAGUCAAAUAUGAUGAAUUAAUAAAGAAAAAGGAAAUGGAAAAAGGUACUAUGCUGGAAGCCUUAGAGCAAGACCUACAGGAACAAGAGAAAAAGCGAUGCAAAUUAUCAGCUGAAGUAAACAGUAAUAAGGAAAAUAUUAAGGCUGUGAAAAAAACAAUGGAGCACAUCAACACUAAUAUAACAGAUGAUAAAAAUGCGCUUAUUUUAAAAGAAGAAGAAUUGGAGAAAGUUGGAGGAGUUUUUCAGAAUUUGAAAGAAAUGUGCCAAAAAGAUACCGAAGCAGUAUUAGAGGCACAAGAAAAGUAUCAGAAGAUCAGUGCAGGUCUAUUGGAGAGUGAAGACGGUGAAAAUGCAACCUUAGAACAACAAUUAAUAAAUGCUAAGCAAAGUGCAACGCAAGCACAAACCGAACUUAAACAAUGUGAGAUGACACUAAAUCACAACAGGCAACAAUUGAAUAAAAAACAAAAAGACAUGCAUAAUACUGAGAAUGAAUAUAAAAAAUAUCAUGUGGACUUGGAAAAGAAAGAAAAAGAAUUAAAGCACUUGGAGAAUGAAUUGGAAAAAUUGAAUUAUAAGGAUAGUUAUUCCGAAGAUUUAAUAAAUCAAAAAACUAAAUUGAUUGACGAAAUGAAACCGUUGCAUGAGAAACUAGAUCAAUUUGAGAUGAGACAUCCUCGAACGAGGUUCCAGUAUCAGAAUCCUGAACUUAAUUUCAAUACAAAAGCUGUAAAAGGUAUUGUAUGUAACUUAAUUGAUUUAAAGGAUAAAAGGACUGCAUAUGCCUUGGAAGUUGCUGCAGGUGGAAAGCUUUAUAAUGUAGUAGUUGACACUGAAAAAACAAGCAAAAAGCUUCUCCAAUAUGGACAAUUACAACAACGAGUUACGAUAAUUCCACUCAAUCGAGUGGCUGGUAAAUUUAUGGAACAAUCAACGAUUAAUUGGGCAGAAAAAUUGGUUGGAAAAGAGAAUGUUCAACCCGCUUUGUCUCUUAUAGAUUUUCCAAAUGAAGUUAGGCCAGCAAUGACGUGGAUAUUUGGUCAAAUAUUUGUAUGCAAAGACAUGGAAACUGCCAAGAAAAUAGCUUUCCAUGAAAGAAUUAUGAAAAAGUGCGUUACUUUGGAAGGAGAUCUUUUUGAUCCAGUUGGAACGUUAUCUGGCGGUGCCCCAGCGAAAGCUGGAUCAGUUUUAUUAAAACUAGAAGAAAUGAAAGCAAUUAAGAAUGAACUAAAUCACAAAAAAACACUCUUAAGAGACAUAGAAAGUGCUUUAUCAAAUAUUGCAAAAACUGCAGAAAAAUAUGCAUCGUUGAAACAAAAAUACGAUCUAUUAACUUAUGAAAUCAGUAUGAUACAACAGAGAUUGCAACAAACAAGUUAUCAUAAAAUCAAGGAAGAGGUGGCUUCUCUGAAUGCAGCUAUUGAAGAGCUUAUAGAACGAAUGACUGCAGCAAAGAAUUUAGAAAAGGAAAGCACAAAACGUGCCAAGGACAUAGAAAUUCAAUUAAAGGAUGCAGUGAAUAUUCGUGAGAAACAAUUAAAGGAAGCUGAGAAUCAAUUAAAUAUCUUAAAGAAAAAAUCGGAACAAAGUCGCAAAGAAUGGCAAAAGAGAGAACAAGAGUCAGAAACACUUGAAUUAGAAAUAAAGGAAUUAAAGAAAAGUAUUGAAAAUGGUGAUGAACAAUUGCUUCAAGUAAAUGAGAAAAACAAUAUGUUCGAAGAAAAAGGAGAAACUCUUCAGCAGCAAUUGCAAGAAACCAAAAAUAAAGUUAUAGAAUUGCAAAAUAAUAUUAAAAAGCAGAAAGACAUAAUUAUUGAACAAAACAAAAAUAUACAAAGAUUAAUCGAAAGAAAAGAAGAUAUUAUUAAACAAAAUAAAGAUCUAGAAUUGGAUAUAAAAAAAUUAAAUCACGAAAUUAAUGAUAUCAAAAAAGGUGCAGCAGAAUGUAGGCAGAAAGUUUUGGAGCUCACAAGGAAAUACGAGUGGAUUGAGCAAGAGAAACCUUAUUUUGGAAAAAAAGGUGGUAUAUAUGAUUUUGAAGUUAAUAAACCAGAAGAAAUGGAACAAAAAGUACGUAAUUUAGAAGCAAUGCGUGAAAAGUUAAGUCGUAAUAUAAAUACGCGAGCAAUCAAUCUUCUUGAUAAAGAAGAAGAACAAUACAAUGAUACAUUAAAAAAGAAAAGAAUAGUUGAGAAUGAUAAGAAUAAAAUUCUUGAGACAAUUAAGACUUUGGAUGAACAGAAGAAACAAACCUUGCUUAUAGCUUGGGAACAGGUAAACAAGGAUUUUGGUUCUAUAUUUAGUACUUUAUUACCGGGAGCCGAGGCUAAAUUACAACCACCAGAGAAUGAAGCAAUAACAGACGGUUUAGAAGUGAAAGUUGGAUUUUCGGGUGUCUGGAAAGAGUCAUUAGGAGAAUUAUCUGGUGGUCAAAGAUCUCUAGUUGCUUUGUCAUUAGUCUUAGCUAUGCUUCUUUAUAAACCUGCACCGCUUUACAUCUUGGACGAAGUAGACGCUGCCCUAGAUCUUUCACAUACAGAAAAUAUAGGUGUAAUGUUAAAGAGACAUUUUAAACAUUCACAAUUUAUUAUUGUAUCCUUAAAGAAUGGUAUGUUCAACAAUGCAAAUGUUUUAUUUACAACUAGAUUUAUUGAUGGUAUGUCAACAAUAAGUAGAAGUGAAAAAGUAAGAUCCAAAUAA